AAUUGAGUGAUGUGGACAUAUUACUUCUUCUGUUGUUAAGGAGACAAAAAGUUCUUCGUAGACCACUGCAUAGUUAAGCCAGUUAACUUAUCAAGGACAAGUGGAAGGUUUUUAUCGAUAUAUACAGUGUAUACUUUAAAAUCUAGAAUCAGGAUAAAUGGCUACUUGUAGUUAUACAGCUAAAGAGGAUGAGCAAGCAUGCAUAAUAUGCUUUGAGCUAAUGAUAACUCCUAGGAUAUUAUCUUGUAAGCAUAUCUUCUGUCUUGAUUGUCUCCGACGUCUUCGAGGAAUAGUUUCAGUAAAGUGUCCUCUAUGUCGACAAGAAGCAAUCAUACCUGGAGGAAAUGUCGCUAACUUUCCAAUUAAAUUCUAUAAAAUCAAAGUUAAGGUUCCUUUAGCAAACUUUUUAGAAGUGAAACAAUCGUGCCUUAUACCUUGGUCUUUUAAAUCCUACUUUGUUACAAAUGAUGGAUUAUAUUCUGCUAUAGAGUUCGAUUCUCAAACUAUACAUUUGGCAGUCUCGUUCGACGAUCCAAAUUUAUGGGUUAAUCUUGAUAGAAAAGUUGAAAAUUUUGUUAUUACUGAAAGUUAUAUCUAUGCCAUAGAUCAUUUAACUAGUAAAAUAUUAUUUACUAAAAAGCCAUUUGGGAUAAAUGCUCAUUUUCGAAUUUUUAACUCUACAAAAACUAGAUAUUUAAUGGCAACUGAAGAUGAAAUUUGUCAAUGUUAUAUCCUAAGUAUGUGCAAAGAUAAAGACGAUUGUUUAUUCUUUUACAAUGGAACAUUACAAUGGUCAUUUCCAAAUUGUAAGGAGCUUGGUUGUAUUCUUCAUAAUCAUAAUCCAAUUGUAAAAACAAUGGAGGAUAUCUACGUAAUGAUUGAUAAAUCAAACGGUACAAAGUUAAGAUUUAUAUGUUGUACAGGAUAUUCUCAAAUAUACGAUUUAUUUCCAUACGGAAUUUUAAUAUCAAAAUCAACUACAAGGAAAAUAAAGAAACCUAGUUACAAAAAGUCAAAAUACUUUUAUACGGAAUACGAAAAAAAUGAAAUUUCAACUAGAAAUGAUAAACAUCUUAGUCAAGAAAUUACUAUGGAACUAUUUUCUUAUAAUUAUAGUUUACUUGAAGAGAAGAAAAUAGAUGAAUUUCAUAAUGCAAUGAUGAUAGGAACAACAACAAAUGGUUUAGUUUGUAUUUAUAUUUUCGGUGAAGGAUUGAAAAUUUACAAAUUGAAAUGAUAGUAGCGU